UUUCGGAGAUGCUGGGAGAGGGAUCACUCGCCGGUGUUGACAAAAUUGUCGAAAACAUUGGAAGUCUACCGGUUGAUCUGUUUGCAGAAACAUGUCAGCAGAUUCUGACUCAGCUUCAAGGGCAGGCUCAGGCUGUGGAUGUGGUUGAAAUCUGUGGUAGAUUCCAGAAAGCUGGGAUAAUACUGGACUUAGAGGCUGUUCAGGAGAUCAGUAAACUGCUGUCAUUCAAUUUCAGGUCAGCAGCAAAGAGCAACCUCUCUGCAGAACAGCUGAUCACUAGGUUGAGAGAGGGCUGCAGUAAGUGGUCUAAACCUGCCCUGCAGGUGGUGCACAAGUUGUGGAGUGAACAAGGAAAUCUUGUCCGUGCCCACCAGGAGGCGCAGGCCAUGAGCAGUGUGGGACAGCUGGUGGAUGUGCAGUGGAAAUUGGGAAUGGCGGUCAGCUCAGACACCUGCCGUUCCCUCAAUUCGCCAUACGUCUCCUUGUUGUUGAAAAUUGCAGACACCUCAGGACAGAUAUCCAGCAAAUCCUUUGAAAUGACAAUCCCACAGUUUCAGAACUUCUUCAGACAGUUCAAGGAGAUGGCAGCCGUCCUAGAGACAGUAUAAUGCUCAAAGAGACCUCAUUGUGCCUGAUAAAUUCUGACCCUCAAAUGGUAGUUCAUUGUUUUGUUUUCUUAGGAAUAAACCAGUAGCGUCAACCCCAAGUCCCAAAGUGCCAAAGUGUCGCUUUUUUUCUUUGAUCCCAAUCCUCCAGUGGCUUUUGGGCUGAUUAUUCAAUUAGCUGUACUUUUACCGCUAUACUUGCCCUAGCCCUUACGUGGCCCUAGCAUAUUUACCAAACAAGGUAAGAAUCAUGUCUAGAACCCAUUUGAUCUUCACGAUGAUGGGUGUUAAAAACAUUACAAGCACAAGAAUCUAAAACACAACACUGGUGGACUACCAGAGUUCAAAAAAUGUUGAUUUAGUUUGUUGUAUGGUACGUGAAGUGUGAAACAUACACUACGAUACCAUGGCACUGUUAAAUCACUUCUGCUUAACAGUAUAGACUACUUUCAUUGAAAAUCACGGCCUGGAUGUUAUGGAGUGCAUUUACCAAGCUCUGGACUUCACCUCCCAGAAGCCUGUG